GUGUGACACGUGGGUCUCCUCACGUCUUCUGCCCUUGACUAGCAUGUCUAAGGCUCUGCGAUGUCUGUGAGCAAGACAACCGGAGGAAAAACCGUCAACAUUGUAAAGAACCUACCUCGCAUAACACUCGCCAAUCUUCGGCCAAACCCGGGUGCAAAGAAAGAUGAGAAGCACAGAGGUCGAGGCAUGCAUGGCGGCAACAGAAGUGGACGGGGACAUAAAGGUGAACGACAGCGCGGAAAUCGACCCCGACUGGGCUUUGAGGGUGGACAGACACCGUUCUAUCUGAUCAUCCCAAAAUAUGGCUACAACGCUAAUCACAGUCGUAGACCCCAGUAUCCCCCACUCUCCUUGCGCAGACUGCAGUACCUCAUAGAUUUGGGGCGUGUUGACCCCACGCAGCCCAUCGAUCUGACCCAGCUCGUCAACAGCAGAGGAGUCACGGUCCAGCCUCUGAAACGAGACUAUGGCAUCCAGCUCAUUGAUGAGGGUGCUGAUAUGUUUUGUGCCAAAGUUAACCUGGAGGUUCAGGUUGCAUCAGAGAAAGCCAUUGCUGCUGUUGAACGAAAUGGGGGUGUGAUCACAACCAGCUACUAUGAUCCACGCAGUCUCCAGGUCCUCAUCAAACCAGUCCCUUUCUUCAUAUCUGGGCAACCCAUUCCCAAACGCCUCCUUCCUGGUGAAGACCUUCUCCCAUACUACACAGACGCCAAUAACCGCGGCUACCUCGCAGACCGUGAUAAGAUUCAAGCUGCACGGCUAGCUCUUGCUAAGAAGUACGGAUACAGCUUACCUGACAUCACAACAGAUGUGCUGUUUGAAAUGCUGGCACAAAGAAAGGAUCCUCGUCAGAUCUUUUUUGGGUUGUCACCUGGGUGGGUGGUUAAUAUGGCUGACAUGAAGAUCCUCAAACCUAAAGAUGAUAAAGUCUUGCAGUAUUAUGGCUCAUAAUGCUUCAUUACUCACAAUGUGUUGUCUCUGGAUGUAAGAACAAUGUAUAUAGAGUGAAAUACUUGUUUAAAUUCUUUUUCUAUAAUAAAAUUCCAUACCACAUUCCAUACUUAUUAUUGAUUUAAACCCAGAAUGCACGCAAAAGAAAUCUAAGAACACUAUAUGAAGGAUGAAUCACAGCCUUGCCAAUGAAAACGUGUUAAUGAGUGAACCAUAAUUUAAAGGAAGAUUUGCCAUACCAGUAACACUUUGUAUGAAGUCUAUACAUACAGUGGGUUCCAAAAGUCUGAGAGCUCUAGUGAAAAUGCAUCUGCAUUUUCUAAUUGAAUACAGUUUUAUUUAAAAGUUGAAUUGAAAAAUAUACUGCUUUUUAACAGCAUCUUGUGUGCUUCAAUGGAAGCAAGAAAAUCUGAACUUUUAUACUAAAGAGUUAAUGUCACAAAUUUGCAUUGAUUUGAGUAGUGACUAAGAAUCUUAUACAUUGCUUCAUUGAAGUCAUAACAUUUCUUUUUUACAAAAAUCGUUGCAUUCAAUUUGUGAUUAUUUCUAGGUUGAAAGGUGCUGUAAGCGAUUUUAACCAAAGGCUUUUUAGCCUCUAGUAUUUUAAAAUGGUCUAGAAAUUCUCGUUCUAGAAAUGCACGUAGCAUAAAGAAAAGGUAGCAAAGUAGCGUCUUGACAACCGUCAAACUGACUGUCCGCGGGCUUUUUUCCCCGCCAUUUACAGAGCUAGCGCUGUCACAGAAACAGGUGUGAUAUUUAUUAAAUUGCACCCAUUGAUAUCUUUCAAUAAAUAGGGAAAUUUUCUGCUUGCCAUGUCAUAAAAAACACCUUACAGCACCUUUACAUUACAUUUUGAAUACUGCAUUUUCAUUUUUUCUCAGACAUUUAGGCUAAUGCCUAUCCCCAAUAUUCUUGAGUCCCAUGACGCGAUGUGGGCGGAACUUCCGGUUAAGCGAAAACAAUCAUUAUCUUGCGUGCUAGCAGCAUUAAAAAUGGCAGAAACUUGAGAACAAAUGAUCACAUAAUUACAGCAAGGCGAUAUUGUUCUUCCCCACCUAUCUGAUAAUGAUUAUGGGUUUCAGGGUUACGGCCAAAUAUGCAAAUAGAAGCAUUUAAGUUAUUUUGUUGAGUCUUUAUCCAUCGAUGGAAGAACCUGAGCAGACUAACCUGAAAAGCUAUGUAGCUUAUUAGCACCUUCACAGCUGUAAAGUUGGACAUGUUUUGAGAACUGUAGAUAAUUAUGUUUAUUUUAAAGCAUAUACUGAGUCUAGUCAGAACCUGAAGAGUUUGUUGUAACAAGAUUAUGUACUUACUGCAGACAGGGGAGGUCUAGACAGCAGGAUGCACGUGUAUUACAGGACUCAGGAUUACAGGAUGAUAAUACUGUCAUGCUGCCGUUUUUCAGAUAAAAUACAAUUAUUUUGCGGGAGAUGAAUGUGUAGUAAACUCAAUCUAGCUUUAUAAUUGUUAGUUUACAUAAUCUCUGUAUAUAAAUGCUAUAAACUGCAUGAAAUGUUUUAGUGCUGACUGAACAACUGAUCCUGUUGAUAGAUUGAAUGUAUUGUUCUUGUGUAGGAAAUAACAAUGUAUUAGCAACCACACAAUAAACUGUACCAUACAAAAAGAA